CUUCACCAUUUCCUCAUGGUUCCCUCGGUCGCUGGAAUCGCUGCACGCAAGAGGAAUGCCCUCGUGGGCUGCAGAUAUCAGAGAUGAAAAAGAUACCAAGGAUAGCAACACUGGCAGCAGCGUCCAGGGCGAAGCCGCAGGACUCAAUCUAGACGACUCCGUAGAGGACUCCGUACUGUGUGCAUUUAAUCUAUGCCCACGGGCACGAGCCAUGAUAGAUGGCCAUGGCUGCCUGGGUUCCUGGGCGCAGGGCCGACACCACACCACACCUCACCCUACCACACCCUCACCUUCACACGUUGCAUUCUCCCCCCUCUCCCUCCCUCUCUCACCCGUCACCCCUUGUUGAGCUGUUCGCCUCGCCAACCCUUCUGCCACCCGGGGCACUACUGCGCCGCUGCUCUGCUGUUACUGACAUGUAAGCGGCCUUGUGCGGCUGCCUCUCUCCCGCAUCCCACGACCACCAUCACGAUCACGAUCACGACCCUUCAUCCAGCCCACACCUGGCACCACAAUCGGCCCACCAUCCUCAUGGGCAAUCUGGACCUUAUGAACCGUGACCACCUCGAGCUGCUGCGCAGUUCCGCCUUCGAGGCCGAGCAUGCCCAGCUCUACGACUCGUCCUACAUGCAGCACGAGGCUGCCGCCCUCGCCUUGGAGCAGGAGAUUGCCAACUCGCUCACCUCCAUCUCGCCCGACGACAACUCCGACGAACACCGCCGCAUCCGCCGCACCCAGAUCCAGAUCCACCGAGAGCGCCAGCGCGCCCUGCGUCCCCACCUUGAGAGCGGCAGCGGCGUGCAGGACGAAGAGGGCCGCGAGUGCGUCUUCGUCCCUGCCCCCAACCACUGGGGUGCCAACGGCGACCUCGACGAAGAGAGCGGCAGCCUGUCGUCGGUCCACAACCUCCUCACAUGGCAGGCCAGCUACUCCCCUCUCCCCUACACACCACUGUACGACGAGCUGCCGUCGCCUGACAUCCCAUACUACUCGAUGCUCGACCCUUCUCUGCCGCCCGUAACCUACCACCUGCACCGGAUACGUGAAUGGACCACCUCCGGCUGCCGCAAGUACAUCUACAGCGCACGCGAGUACUCCGACAGGUACUCGCUCUACACCCUCGAAGCCUCGCACCGCUCCGAUAACCAAGUCACCUCCGCCGAAUUCUUCCGCGUCGCCGAGUACCCUCAGCCAUGCAUCUCCAUCCUCCUGUCCGGCAUCGAAAAGCACGACAACACGGCUGCAUACAAGUCUCGCUGCAUCCACCUCCGCGGGCCCUUCUCCACCCCCAUCAAGGAGUAUCCGGACCGCCAGCAGAAGAUCCCCUGGUCUCCGCGCCGCUUCACCUACGGCGGCCGCCGCUUCGUCUGGAAGCCCGGUGACCCCAACGACGACGUCAUGCCCGAAACCCUGUACGAAUUCCAGCGGGACUGGGCCAAGCCGGGGAGCAGGACGGGCAAAAGGCUGGAUGACGCGACACCGCGGCCCCUCGUGUGGGGAGAAAAGAAGAAGAAGGGCAAGGUCGACAGCUACACCAUCCACUUCGCCGGCGGUAUCGAUCAGGUGUUUCGCGAGAUUCUCCUUGCGAGCCAGAUGGUGAGGCAGGUCUGCCUCUUCACCGCCAUGGAAUAGAGGGACAGCCGUUUCUACUUUCGCAACUGUCAUUUAUGGGACUCGAUUUAUGAUGAUCAUUGUUGGAAUUGACUAUGGAAUUUGGCAUGGCAAUGGGUUCGGGCAUGGAUACCAGGCGUUUCCUUGUUCCCUUUUUCUCUCUGGGCAUCACUCCCCUCUUGCAAGAACAACGCAAGGUAGGGUAGAGCAGACGGGUCGGCGUACGGAUCGUUUCUCUCGAGUGCUAGACCGUUCUGUCAAGCAUUUCCCCUUUUUGGCUAUCAAAGUCCUUUUCAGGUAGAGCAAUCUGAAGAAGCGAGCACCUUCAAAA